AUGGUAUUGCAUAAUCCAUAUACUUUGGACUCUGUGUCUUCAUCCAUUGAACAGAAAGCUACCACUCGCAUUUCACCGCAGAUGCAGACGGCCUUGACGAGGCGCUUGACCGGCGCUCCAGCGUCGUUGUCUUCUCGUCCAUCGAAUCGAUUCCAAGCCAUUCGAACAGUCAGGAGCGCAUCCUGUCGCCCUUUCUCGCUUCACCGAGCACAGCUUCCCUCUUCGUUGCAGAGAUCUGCUAGGAAGCAGUCUGUCCCGCCCUUCCGUCGUAGUCUUCACUACGGAUCCGGCGUGAAAGCAACCAUAUGGCGUUAUCCCACACUUCGGUUCCUAUAUCAUGGCUUCGCGUACUUUGGAUUUCUCAUUAUUGGCGGAGGAGUGGUCGUUGCUAGUGUCUUCCUCUACGAUGCCACCACUUAUCGUGAGGACCCCAGUAUGGAGGAUAUCCCCGUGUCGGAAUUGGCGUUGAACCCAAAGCGCGGUGGGCCCAAGAACCUGCCCAUCGCAGAGGUCAUGGUGGACGAUGAUGAUAGCGAAGCUAUGCAGGCACAGCGCGAUAAGCCCAAGCUGGUUAUUCUUGGUACCGGCUGGGGGAGUGUCGCACUUCUCAAGACACUAAACCCGGGUGAUUAUCACGUUACCGUUGUAUCGCCCGUUAACUACUUCUUGUUCACGCCCAUGCUUCCAUCGGCGACUGUUGGAACGCUGAGUUUGAAGUCGCUUGUGGAACCAGUGCGGCGCAUCGUUCACCGACUUCGAGGCCAUUUCCUGAAGGCCGAGGCCGAGGAUGUGGAUUUCUCGUCUAAAUUGGUAGAGGUAUCUCAAGUGGAUGCUAAUGGUCAACGACAAAAUUUCUAUCUUCCUUAUGAUAAGCUCGUAAUCGCUGUUGGGUCUAUUACCAACCCACAUGGCGUCAAGGGUCUCGAAUACUGCCACACGCUCAAGUCAAUUGACGACGCCCGACAAAUAAAAAACAGGGUUACGGAUAAUAUGGAACUCGCAUGUCUGCCAACGACAACGGAUGAAGAACGCAAACGGCUGCUAUCAUUCGUCGUCUGUGGUGGUGGACCAACAGGCGUGGAGUUUGCGGCAGAGCUAUACGAUUUGCUCAAUGAAGACCUGAGAAAGAACUUUCCUAAGAUUCUACGAAAUGAGAUAUCUGUCCACCUUAUUCAGAGCCGAGGCCAUAUUUUGAAUACAUAUGACGAAGCAUUGUCAAAAUAUGCUGAAGCACGAUUUGCACACGAUUCUGUCGAAGUCUUGACAAAUUCUAGAGUCAAGGAGGUGCGUCCGGACAAGAUCUUAUUCACACAACAGGAGAAUGGGAAGACUGUGACGAAGGAAAUUCCAAUGGGCUUUUGUCUGUGGUCAACCGGAGUUGCGCAAACUACCUUCGCCCAGAAAUUAGCCAAAAAGCUUGAAUCACAAAACAACAAGCAUGCUUUGGAAACAGACACGCACCUGCGACUGAUCGGAGCGCCCUUAGGUGAUGUCUACGCUAUCGGUGACUGCUCCACCGUUCAAAACAACAUCGCUGACCAUAUGGUUGCCUUCCUCCGCACGAUAGCGUGGGAAAAGGGCAAGGACCCAGAGAAAGUACACCUCAACUUUAGCGAAUGGCGAGAUCUAGCAGAUCGAGUCAAGAAGCGUUUCCCGCAAGCUGCCAACCAUCUCCGGCGAGUAGAUCGACUAUUCGAGGAAUAUGACCGAGACCAUUCUGGAACCCUCGACUUUGACGAGUUACACGAACUGUUGAUGCAAAUCGAUUCCAAGCUUACCUCUUUACCUGCCACGGCACAACGCGCCAAUCAACAGGGAGAGUAUCUCGGCCGCAAAUUCAACCACAUCGCAAAAGCAAUGCCCGGCAUGAGGGCUAACGAGGUUGAUUAUGGCGAUCUCGACGAGGCAGUAUACAAGGCAUUCAAAUACCAACAUUUGGGCAGUCUGGCUUAUAUCGGCAACGCGGCUAUCUUUGAUUUCGGCGGCAUGAAUUUUGCCGGGGGUCUAUUGGCUGUUUAUCUAUGGCGUAGUAUCUAUUUUUCGCAGAGUGUCAGUUUACGGACCCGCUCUCUGCUGGCCAUGGAUUGGACAAAGAGGGCGUUCUUUGGUAGAGAUAUCAUGAGUUUCUGA